AUGGCGGGGGUCGCAGUGUGCAUCACGGGGCAGCUGCGAGCGUGGAGGCUGGUGGCAAGCCAUCUGGUCCAGAUCGUGCGGCCGCGGAGCGGUGCGGCCGACGCCUUCUUCUGCGGUCCGCGCGACAGCGACUUCCUCUCAGCGCGCGCAUUCUUGCGGCGCAAGCUGCUGGUGGCGGAGACAAGCAUGCUCGUCUACGCGAGCGCGGUGCGGGUGGCUCCCAAUGCCACUUGCACAGCUGAGCGCCUCCUCUCUGCGUGCGACCGGGGCAACUGCAGCCGCAACGGGCUCCUACAGUUCAACGGCUCGGCGCUGCCACGGCUGUCGCGGUGCGGGUCCAGAUCGCCCACGGAGUGCAGCGGCGCGCGCUCCUUCCUCGUGCAGAGCUUCCAGCAAGCGGCGUGCCGGCGCAUGCUUCUCGCUCGCGAGGCGCGCGACGGGCGCCCGUUCAGCGCGGUCGUCCGCCUGCGUCCCGACACGGUGCUGCUGCAGCGAGGGGCGCUCGAGCAGCUGCACGGCAUCCGCCCCGCGCCCGCCGCGCACAGGGUCCUCCAUCUGUGCGACUACCUGCAAGCGGGCGGGCGCGACGCCAUGCUCGCGGUGCUGCGCACGAUGGCGUCGUACGACGCGGCCGCGGCGCGUGGGCAGGUCAUGCCAGACCUGUUCGGCGUGAUGGCCGCGCUCGCGCAGGCGGUCAAGGCGCCCUUUGAGAGGCUGGCGCUGGCGGGGAAGCCGCUGGCGUGCUGCCUGGCGCGAACGGCGCGCGACCCUGCCAACCGCUCCUCCACAUGCUUCGCCGUCGUGUGCGAGAGCGCGGGGUUCGGCCUGCGAGCCGACACGCCGCAGCCUGGCGCCCCCACGCGCCAAGCGUCGGUCACGGGGUACAAGGCGAUCACGGGUCCUGGGCCGGACGGCCUCUGGGCGGCCGCGCGCGGCCUCGGAUGGCGCUACGGCCCGUCGGCGUGCGGCGUGUGCCGGCCGGGGAAUGAAAGGAAGCGGAGCGGCGUGCGGUGA